AUGCGUUCCUACUCCUUGUUGCCCUUAUCUCAGAGUGACUUUUCUCCUUUCUUACCCGAGUUUGAUAUUGUUCUGCAGAGGAUGAACCAAAACCUUGGAACUGGACAUAAUGCACCAGAAUGUACAAAACCCUCUGCUUACACUGUAAAAAGUGAUGUAUACAGCUUUGGGGUGGUAAUGCUAGAGUUGCUGACGGGCCGAUUGCCUUUCGAUAGUUCAAAACCAAGAUAUGAACAAUCUCUUGUUCGGUGGGCCUCACCACAGCUCCAUGAUAUAGAUGCCUUGGCAAAACUAGUCGAUCCUGCAUUGCAUGGGUUGUACCCUCCUAAGUCUCUUUCUCAAUUUGCCGAUGCGGUUGCUCUUUGUGUACAGUCUGAGCCAGAAUUUCGGCCACCAAUGUCCGAAGUGGUGCAGAUAUUAGAGCGGUUAGUUCAACGAUCGGGUAUCAACCAUAGAGGAGAUGGUCUUAGUGCGUCUCAACGAACGGAUGAUUCUGACUACUAA